UGAGCUGUGGGCUGGAUAUAAAUGCUCUCAAACGGAGCGAGCAACAGUGCAACGUUCACAUGUGACGAACGCUAAUACCCUCAGUGAAGAAACGGAUCACCUGGUGCGUUUGUCUAAACCCCACUUAAACAGGAGGGGGCAUCUUGAGGAAGUCACAGAAACAGACGUCUUCAUGUGACUCCAGACGCUGUUCUUGAACACUAGUAAACUGCUGGUGCUGGAAAUUUCUGAAGGCUCCUCUCCGCUUUUCUUCUAUAGCUGGUGAGACUGGCUGUAACGACGCAGUCAAGCUGGCCCUGUCCCGCUUAAUGGGUUAAGAACCUCCACAGAUUUCAUGAACAUGUUUCGGAGUGGUAGGAAGGCAUGGUUGCUUCAACCUGUACGUACUCUCCAUUGAGGAAUCUUCUGUUUCUCACCCUGGGACCCAAAUAAAACGCAAGUACAGGUGAUGAUCUGGAUGGUGCCAUGUGAAUGAUCGGAGACCAUGAAGCCCACACACAAGCUGCUUUUUGUCCUGUGUCCCAUGCUGGUGCUGGGCUUUAUUUACUACUCUUCUGGGAGGCUGCACCUAUACGUAUGGGGUCAGAAACCUCAGAAAGAUGCAGAGGAGACAACUGUAGAGCUGACUAAAGGUGCUGAAGUGAAAAGGAUUGCAGAGCUGGGAAAUGACAUCACCGCUGGACGAAUAGUAAGCUCAGUGUACGACAAGCAGGGCUUUCUGCUGCAGCUGGAAACAAAACUGCCACCGGAGUUGGCAUACAAGUAUGGCAACCUCAGCGAAGGGGUGUGUAAACCAGGAUACGCAGCAGCCAAGAUGACAUCCAUCUAUCCUAAGUUCAUAAAACCAGCACCGAUGUUCCUUAAUCGGAACUUCAAACGACUAGCAAAAAUCAGCAUCUACCUGCCUCCAUUUGGCAUCAAAACACAAGAGAGAAUAAUUGACAACAUUUUAACUAACACAAAAAAUUACGGACUUGGAGAGGAGCUAGACAGUCUCAACUGUAAAAGAUGUAUCAUAGUGGGCAACGGGGGAAUCCUUUAUAAUAAGUCCCUGGGUUCCCGAAUAGAUGAAUACGAUGUUGUUGUGAGGUUGAAUGAAGCUCCAGUAAGUGGUUUCAAAAGAGACGUAGGGACCAAAACCACAUUGAGGAUUACUUACCCAGAGGGAGCUAUUCAGAAACCUGAAAUCUAUGAAGAAGACUCACUCUUCGUUUUUUCUGCUUUCAAACCACUAGAUUUUAAGUGGCUGAAACAGAUGGUCUUCAAGGAAAAACUGAGAGGUACAGAGGGGUUCUGGAAGUCUGUAGCCCAUCGUGUGCCUCGGGAGCCGACAGAGAUGAGAAUCCUCAAUCCCUUCUUUAUCCAGGAGGCUGCAUUCCAGUUCAUAGGCCUGCCAUUUAACAAUGGUUUAAUGGGCAAAGGGAACAUUCCAACUUUGGGAACAGUUGCUAUAACGAUGGCGCUACAUAACUGUGACGAGGUGGCGGUUGCAGGUUUUGGCUAUGACAUGACCUCUCCUCAUGCACCUCUGCACUACUAUGAGAAUGUCAAGAUGUCUGCCAUUAAAGACUCUUGGACACACAACAUAUCCAAGGAGAAGGAAUUCCUCCGCAAGCUGGUAAAGGCCAACGUUAUCACAGAUCUCACCAAAGGUAUCUGAGUUUACACCCACCCACAGCCUCCCUCUGCCAUUUCCAAAUGAAUACUGGACUGAACUGAACGCUGGGAAAUGGAUUGACAUGUGGAGCUAACAACCAUGCAGCCAGGCCUGCUUGCUGAUGAGGGUUUCCUAUCAUGGAAGUUAUGUUGAAAAAUGCCCUCACGUGCCUUCAGAACCACCUCAAAGCAGGGGCAGAACAUGCUACAGGAGGAUUGGAUCUGACCGGCACCUGUUGCAGUAUUGCUGUGAUUGGCCCAUUACUUCAGACAUACUGCAAAGUAUCACACAAAUGAAGAGGAAUGGAAACAGCGGCUAAAACGUCACAGACCUGCAGUAUUUCUGGUUAACCUGUUGAGGGGACUUCUGAAGGGAUGAAGUGGGACUGAACACAAUGUAUGGGGGCAUGGGUCAAGUAUUAGCAGUGCCAAAUGUACCUCCUGCAGAGGAGAGGUUCUCCUCUCCUGUUUUGUCUGAAUGUAUUCUCUUUACUCUGUAAAUAUCAAAGAUUUGUACUGUGCUUUUUACCAAGCAGCAGUAGCUCCAUGAUCGCAUCCCCUGCCUCAUUAUAUCCAUUUAUCCAUGUCCUUUUCUGUCUGUGUCCUAUUGUAACUCCUGCCAAGACAACUGACAUCACACCAUUUGCUGCAAAAAGUGGUUUGAAUGGAGCACCACGAAAGAUCUGUGGAAGAUUAUUCAAAGGAAACCGUUUGGGAAUGGAGCAUUUCUCGCUGUCGAAACCUCUGGUGUUUGUGUUCAGAAGCACGGUGAGAGAAUAGCUGUGUUUUAAAUUGUUCUUAUUGAAAGUCCCUUCAUGUUUCAGUUCAGGUUUAAAAGAGGUUUCCUCAUUGUUUUGAAUAAUUGUUUGUCAUGGCUCUGCGGUCACUCCUCCUGAACAUUCAGCCUAUAGAUCUACCUUCCUCUCGAACUAAGCAGGACCUUUGGCCACAUAUCUGGAAGAUUGGACACUUUUAAAGUCUGAGAUUGAUACUGAAGAGCUACAACUAAGCACCAAGUUAGAUAUUUGCUUAAAACAAAAACUGUAACCAUCUCUGUAGAGUUCACUUGCUGCACCUUUGUCAUGAUUGUGUUCAUAUCUUCAUCAUUACAUCAGCAGUGAGCUUUUACAUCCAGAUCAGAACCAGGCUCUGUCCUGCUCACAGAUAACAGACGCUGCAUGAUGGACCCCCCUUCAACACCCCUACUGCUGCAGUCUUUCUGUUUACUUAACAGUAAAAUCAUAGAUUCUGUUAAAGACCGUGUCUGUCUGAGGUUUUGCUGCAGUAAAAACUAAAUAGAUGGAAUUCAUUGGGGCUUAGAAAUGUUCAAGUGACUCUGUUCCGAUAUGAUUUGUGCAUUUUGUAGGUGGAGGUUCUGCUCUAUUUCUCAGUAUUUAAAAGGAAAGUCAUUGUUACACAAACCUUUUUUUUCAUUGAAUGUCUAAAAUGUUUUGUUUGUAUGAAUGCUUACAUAGAAUGUCAUGACUGCUUUAACACGGUGUUUAUUUCAGGUUUCAGCAAGUGUUUGUACAUUGUAUACAUGCACAUAAUUUCAGAUUGUCUCUGAAUCAAUCAAUCCGUGAACUCUUGAUGCUGCAGAUGAUUAUUUAGUUCAGUUUCAUUCAGCAGCAUGUACGUUCUGUCCCACCAGGUUUCAGGGCCUGGGUUGGACUGUUUUUAGAACCAAGGUAAAGGAACAGCUCACUUUUGAGUUUUUGGCACAAGGAUCUUGUGGUCCCCCCCUCCUAUGGGAAGGAACUAGUGCCAUCAGAAACUGAAUUUGAAUUUCUCAAACUGAAUAUGUAUUUGUGUAAUUUGAAAUUAAAUGCAUUGCUUUGG